GAGUUUCUGUGCCCUGGCAUGAUUGAUUUACACAUUCACGCAGCGCAGUACGCAUAUACGGGCACUGCCACAGACCGUCCAUUGAUGGGGCCCAAUGGAUGGUUGGAGACCUACACAUUCCCUGCCGAACAAAGACUCGGAUCGGAUCCCUCUUUAGCUCGGCAAGUAUAUGAAGGUGUGGUCCGAAACACACUUUUGGCUGGUACCACCACGGCGGUGUACUUUGCCACGCUGCACUUGGAUCCUUGUAAAGUGUUGGUCGACAUUGCACUCGAGGAGGGUCAGCGUGCACUGGUGGGUAAAGUGUGUAUGGAUCGCCACUCUCCUUUAAACUAUACCCAGACGGUAGAGAUGAAUUUGAAGGAAAGCGAGGAGCUCAUAGAAUACAUUCAAAUGAAAUCGGGUCAGCAGACGACAAGUGCGAAACUUCCUUUGGUGCUACCGCUUAUCACUCCUCGGUUUAUUCCUACAUGCUCGCCAGCACUACUUACGGCCUUAGGAAAACUGGCGGCGGAGCGCUCCUGUCAUGUUACAAGCCAUAUUUCGGAAUCAGUAGAUGAAGUUGCAUUCAGUCGUCAGUUAGAUGCAUCCGAGGGUUUAGAUAACGGUGUUGGAAGGACUGAUGCCAAAAUAUUUGAUGGCCAUGGGCUCUUAACGGAUAAGUGUGUUAUGGCGCAUGGAGUUUUUCUUUCGGAGGACGAUUUGGACUUGCUGCAGCGACGCGGUUCCGCGGUCGCACAUUGCCCUCUCUCCAACUUUUGUUUUGCUGGCAAGUCCCUCCACUGCCGCAAUAUAUUACAGCGCGGCGGGCCUCAGGUUGGUUUGGGCACAGAUGUUGCUGGUGGAUAUAGUCCCUCAAUGUUGCAUUCUUCUAGAAUGACGGUCGUGGCCUCACAAUCUUUGCAACAUCAAGCAAUUGCAAACAACGAAGAUGUUGAUCAUGUCUUAGACUAUCGACACGGUUUCUAUUUGGAUACACUGGGAGGAGCAAAAGCCUUGAAGCUCGACAACCGUAUCGGAAGUUUGGCUGUAGGAAAGGAAUUUGAUGCAAUGAUUCUGUCCGCGGAUGUGGAUAGUCCAAUUCAGCUAUUUGAUUCUGACAAUGUUUUGGAUGUCUUUCAGAAGCUAUGUGUACUCGGAGACGACCGAAACAUAAAAGCUGUUUAUGUUCAGGGACGUCGUGUA